AUGCGCCGCCUCCUCCCCCCCUCCAUCCCCCUAACCUCCCUCCUCCAAUACCUCUUCCUCGCCGCAAUCGCCUACCUCCUCGCCGGCGCGCCCUCGCCCUCCUCCCUCUCCACAUUCUCCUUCACCGCCGACUCGUCCCAGGCCGCGCACCGCACAGCCGCGCUCCACGCCCAGACGCUUGAGAAUCUGGCGCAUCCGGAGCCGGGGCUCGAGUGUGCGCAGUAUGCGUAUAGGGGUGUGUAUGUUUUGAGUCGGGAGCCGUUGGUUGUGUAUAUUGAGGGGUUUGUGGCGAGGGAGGAGGCUGGGGAGAUUGUGGGCUUGAGCAACCCCCACUUCACCCCCUCCACAAUCUGGAACCAAGGCCACGAAACCCUCGACCCCAAGAUCCGGCACUCUGAAAAAGCCCGGCUCCCACGCACCCCCCUAAUCCAAUGCAUCGAGCAACGCGCGCACAGCUUCCAAGGCUGGCGGCCCUACACCUUCAUCGAGAAGCUGUGGGCGCAGCGGUACGGCGUGGGCGGGCACUACACCUACCACUACGACUGGAGUACUGCGACGGCCCAGGCGGGCCGUGUGAGUAGUUUUAUGGUCUAUCUAGAGGCGAAUUGUACGGGUGGUGGGACGCAUUUUCCGCGCCUGGCGAGGCCCGUGGGGGCGCAGUGGUGUCGGUUUUUGGAGUGUGAGGGGGAGCGGGAGCGGGAGCGGGGUGAUGGGCAUGCAAGGGAAGGAGGAAGGGAAGGCGGAAAAGGAAAAAGAGAAGAACAUCCAACCCAAGGGAUAAUCUUCAAACCCAUUCCAGGAAACGCAAUCUACUGGGAAAACAUGCGGCCCGACGGCACCGGCUACUGGGAAACCUGGCACGCCGGUUUGCCCGUCAAAACGGGCGUCAAGAUUGGCCUCAACAUUUGGACUUGGUUCCAGCAGGGCCAUGUUCCUUGA